CGAGUCGCAAACCAUGUCUGGCAGAAGAGAAGAGCAGCGGCGCACCACUACCAAUGGAGCAUACGACCGAAAGGUGGACUAGUCCAUGGCCCUCAGCAGAUGUUCGUGUGCUCGGCCGAGAGGUUUCAAGCCAAGCGAUAUGCUCUAGCGGUGUUCUUUGCGAGCAGCUUUUUUAGAGCCAUGUCGUCCACCGCGACAAUGCCUACUGCCCUCAAGAACAACAUGAUCUGGGCGUUGUGUCAUCGCCCUACCAGAUACCGGAGCUCAGCGUAUGGUAUUGGAUACACCCUUGAGUAUGGAGGACCUGACAUUGGAGUAAGAGGAUCAUUGCUUGAGCCUUAUAUAAUGCGCCAUCGUGGAGCACUAGAUCUUGGUAUUGGCAUGAUUUAGAAGGAUGAAACAGAGCAAUUGAUGGGAUACCUGUGAGGAAAAUGUGGCUAUCACUGGUUCCGCAUGGAAAACUUGCUGUUAAAGCGUCUUUCGAGUGAGGAUAUGCAAAUACAACGGUAUCUUGGAUGAGGAGAUGAUG